UCUGCCUGCAGGGGGAUUAGAGGGGAGGUCCAUACCCCAAGGAAUAUGACUAGGGGUGAGUGGGCGAUGGAAUCCCCUAGGAGCUGAGAGCUUGCCCAAGAGCUCUCUGCCAGGCUGCUCAGGACUCCUGACUCCCAGGCAUCAGCCUCAUGGCUGCCAGGAAACUAGCCAUCUGUAAGUCAGACAUGUACCUGAGCACAGUGUUUCAGGGACAGAAUGGGCAGAACCUGCUGGGAUCAAAGGAAGUGGCUCAAUGGACAGAGCUCAAAGAAUCACCUGGCCGGGCCCUGUGCAUGCACCCACGGUCGGUCGGUCGGCGUGCCAGGACUGAAAAGGCCAGGUGUGCUUAGAAGCCAUAUAAGGGCUUGAGGUGGGAGGGGCUGGGACAGCAGAAAGGGAAGUAGGUAAGACUUCCCCGGGCAGUGGGGACUGAGGAUAGUUCUGAAGCAAGACUGUAGUCUCACUGGGGACCCUGUGAGGAAAGCUGGACAGGGACAGAGACAAGCUAUGAGGACAGUGGCCUGUGCUUACUGCUCCAAGCCUGAAGACAGCAGGGAAAGCAGGGGCAGAGUGGAGGGAGACCUUAGAGGGGGGAGGGGCCACAGGAAAGAAGGGACCAGGAUGACACCGGGUCCUGAAGAUGAGCCAUUUGUGUGGGUGGCCCUGGAAUCGGGUGACAUUGAGGUCCCUAAGGGUUGCAUUUUUUAGGUACUCCAACCUGGACCUGAAGUCCCAGGAGGCCUACGAGAGGGCUGUGCAAGGCGUGAUCCGGCCCAUGAACAAGUCCCCAAUGCUCAUCGCUGGCAUCCGCUGCCUGCACUUUGCACCUCCUGAGUUUCUUUUGGAGGUGCAGUGUAUGCACGAGACACAGCAGCAGCUGAGGAGGCUGGUGCAUGAAAUCGGCCUGGAGCUGAAGACCACCGCUGUCUGCAUGCAAGUGCGGCGCACUCGGGAUGGCUUCUUCGGGCUGGACGAUGCCCUCCUGAGAACCCAGUGGGACCUGCACAGCAUUCAGGAUGCUAUUCAGACGGCAGCCCCCCGGGUAGCCAGAGAACUGAGAAAGAACUUGAGCCUAAUGUCGGGCCACCAACAACAGCUCCCCAGUGCCGGGCAGCCUUGGGCUUCAAGGGUCCAAGCUCCACUUUGAAAGUGGGAGCCAUGCAGGGUAGUAAGGCCAGGCAGGCGCCUGGAUGUAGGGGCAAACAGGCUUUCAAUAGUCAGAACUGGUCACUCUGCAGAGAGUGAGAUCAAGGAGGGCCCUGAGCUGUCAUCUCAGCAAAACAAAAGUACAGGAGGGAGCCUUCUUCCUGUCACACACAAACUAACCACAGAGGUGAGUGGGUAAGCUAUCAUCGCAGCUAGUUGGGAGGCCCAGGUUAGAAUCUCGACAGUUCAAGGCCAGCCUAGGGUUACUUAGUGAAACCUUGACUCAAAAAGAAAAAAAAAAAAAAUCCAGUCAGGCAUGAUGUCUAAGCCCUCCAGAGAGAGAAAGAAACUAGGGAGUUUACGGCCAGCCUGGGCUACUUCCAGAGUUCAGCUUUUCACAGAGAUGGGGAAUGCUACCUCGACUUUCCUUGUCCAUUGUUGAUUUAUUUAGAUUCACACGACUGAUGAUCUGAAUCUGUUUUCACAUGGGGAGAGAGUCUUUUCACUCUUUCAAGGUGGUGCCUCACAUCUGUGAUCUCAGUACUACUCAGCUGAGGCAGGAGGAUAGCUCGGAGUUUGAGGCCAGCCUGAACUAGUCUUCUGGAGUACUUUGUAGAGUGUGUCAGCAUUUAAUCCUGCCAGUCACGGUGCAAACCUGUAAUUUGCCUGGGUGGUAGAAACAGGAGGACCAGGAGUUCAAGGUCGUCUUGGGCUGCAUAAGUUUGAGGCUACACAAAACCUUGUCUCUAAGAAAAUAUAAAAAGCCUAGAAUUCUU